CAAGUGAUUGUGGAUUUCUUGAAACUUUUGUAAUUUCGUCAUUUACCACGCGAUCAAAAGCUAAUUACCGGCUGCCAGAUGGAUUAAUAUUAAAGGAACGAAUUUUCACUCAAUUAAAUGAGAAACGUUGUAGCGUUAGUAUAUAAGUGUAGUAGUGUAUUUAGUAAAAACCUACCAUCUAUCUGCAGUCAAGUGCGAUUAUCUCACAAUCAGUGGGGCAGCAAUAAGCUUCACAGGAAGAUCAAAAUACCGAAUCCUCAGAGAGAAAUAAUCAUGGCUGAUCCUAAAAUUGAAGAAAUACUGGCGCCGCUGCGGGCCAGCGUCAAAGAACAGGGUGAUUUAGUCAGGAAACUCAAGCAGGAGAAAGCCCCAGAAAUGGACGUGAAGAAAGCUGUCGCUGAACUUAAGGCUAGGAAGAAAGUUCUGGAGGACAAAGAGUUAAGUCUGGCUCCAGCAGAAGAACUUUUUGAUCGCGCUAAAAUGGAGGAUCUUAUUAAAAGGAGAUUUUUCUAUGACCAGUCGUUUGCUAUCUAUGGUGGCAUCACUGGCCAGUUUGAUUUUGGCCCCAUGGGAUGCGCUCUCAAGAGCAACAUGAUCCAACUUUGGAGAAAGUACUUCAUUCUACAAGAGCAGAUGUUGGAGGUAGAUUGUUCCAUUCUAACUCCUGAACCAGUACUUAAAGCUUCUGGGCAUGUGGAACGGUUUGCUGACCUUAUGACUAAAGAUGUUAAGUCUGGAGAAUGCUUCCGUCUGGACCACUUGAUUAAGGCUCAUCUAGAAAAGAUCAAAAGUGAGAAGAACACAACUGCGGAACUCAAAGCUGAGAUUGAAGAUAUUCUUGUAAAACUGGAUGGUAUGACAGCGGACCAGAUGUCAGCUCUGAUGCAAAGGUUCAACAUGAAGUCCCCCAUCAGUGGCAAUGACCUCACUCCUCCAAUUGAAUUCAACCUCAUGUUCAACACCCAGAUUGGUCCCAGUGGAUUAGUGAAAGGUUUCCUGAGACCUGAAACUGCCCAGGGUAUUUUUGUUAACUUUAAACGCCUUUUGGAGUUCAAUCAAGGCCGCCUGCCAUUUGCCGCUGCUCAGAUUGGCAACUCCUUCAGAAAUGAAAUCUCACCACGUUCUGGUCUCCUCAGAGUCAGAGAAUUCACCAUGUGUGAAAUUGAGCACUUCUGUGACACUAAAGAUCAUCCCAAGUUUGAUACAGUGAAGGACACCCAGAUGCUAUUCUACUCUGCUGAUAGCCAGGAACAAGGCAAACCUGCUGAAAUCAUGACUAUUGGAGAUGCCGUCUCCAAAGGCAUUGUUAACAAUGAGACUCUGGGCUACUUCAUGGCCAGAAUCCACUUAUACAUGCUGGCUGUAGGCAUUGACCCUAAGAAGCUGAGGUUUAGGCAGCACAUGGGUAAUGAGAUGGCCCACUACGCCUGUGACUGCUGGGAUGCUGAGUGCCUCACCAGCUAUGGGUGGGUAGAGUGUGUGGGCUGUGCUGACAGGUCUGCUUAUGAUUUAACACAGCACACCAAAGCCACUGGCAUCAGGCUAGCUGCUGAAAAGAAAUUGCCAGCUCCCAAACAGAUUGAAGUGGUUGAAGCUGUGCCCAACAAGGCAGCUAUUGGUAAGGAAUUCAAGAAAGAUGCAAAACUUAUCAAUGAUGGCUUAGCAGCUAUGGACUCUGCAGCAUUAGAUGAACUGCAAUCAAAAUUGGCUGGAGAUGGAGAAUAUAUUCUGUCUACUCCCAAUGGUGAUUUCAAACUCACACCUAACCUUGUCAGUGUAAAGAAGACACAGAAAACAGUUCAUGUUGAGGAGAUCAUCCCCAGUGUCAUCGAGCCUUCAUUUGGUGUGGGCAGGAUCCUGUACUCUAUCUUGGAACAUAACUUUAAAAUGAGAGAGGGUGAUGAGCAGAGGACCUACUUCUCGCUACCAGCUACAGUCGCGCCAAUGAAGUGCGCCGUCUUGCCGCUCAGUGGCAAUGCGGAGUUCCAGCCAUUCGUCAGGGAACUGUCCCAUGGUCUGAUAGACGCUGACGUGUCGCACAAAGUGGACGACUCAUCGGGCUCGAUUGGACGCAGAUACGCCAGAACUGAUGAGCUGGGUGUGCCUUACGCUAUCACAGUCGAUUUCGACACUAUCAAAGAACCCCAUACUGUAACGUUGAGAGAAAGAGAUAGUAUGGGACAAGUGAGACUGCCCCUGACUGAUGUGCCAGCUGUUGUCAGAGACUUAUCUAACAGCAAGAUUUCAUGGUCUAACAUUGAAGAAAAAUACCCCAAGUUUGAACAGCAGGAGGCGGUAAAAGGCGCUGCCGCGUAAUAUGAAGCAAUGUGUUUGCUCAGCUGCAUAGAUCUAAAAUAAUAUUCCAUUGGAUACAUAAUUUAUUGUUAGCUUUAAGCUUGUCUAUUGUUUUAAUAAUUUGAAAUAAUAUCUAACUCUAGCUGCUUCUCAAGCAGUUUGCUUUUUACAAUGGAAUAAAAUAUAUUUGAAAUAUGAA